AUGACCGUCACCCAGCAGAAGCCAUGGAUCCUCAAUGCCUUUGCCAUGUUCUCUCCGGGCCACCUCUCCCCAGGACUAUGGAAACACCCACGCGAUCGCGCUGGUGACUUCACAGACCUCUCCUACUGGAUCGAGCUCGCCAAGGUCCUCGAGAAAGGCAAGUUCCACGGCCUCUUCCUGGCCGACCAUCUCGGCGUAUACGACGUAUACAAGGGCCCCGCAAACCGCGACCCGGCGCUGCUCUCAGGCGCGCAAUUCCCCAUCGGAGAUCCUUUCCUCCUAAUCUCGGCAAUGGCCUCCGUCACCGAGUCGCUCGCCUUCGGCAUCACCGCGUCGACCACGUACGAGACGUCGCCGUACGCCCUGGCGCGCAAGUUCUCGACGCUCGACCACCUCACCCGCGGCCGCGUCGGCUGGAACAUCGUGACCUCGUUCCUCGACAGCGCCGCCAAGGCGUACGGCUUCGACGAGCAGAUUCCCCAUGACGAGCGGUAUGCGCGCGCCGACGAGUACAUGGAGCUGGCGUAUAAGCUCUGGGAGGGCACCUGGACCGACACGGCUGUCGUAAAGGACCCUGUCUCGGGGGUUUACAGUGACCCGUCCCAGGUGAGGGCGGUUGAGCACCGCGGGAAGUAUUUCAAGAGCACGGCCGCUAGUCAGUUGCCUGCGUCGAAGCAGAGGACGCCGCUGCUCUUCCAGGCGGGGGCUUCUUCGGCCGGGAAGCAGUUUGCCGCAAAGCACUCCGAAGUGAUGUUCCUCCCUGGGCUGGAGCCGGAAAAGACCAAGCUGAUCGUCGAGGAUAUGCGAAAGCAGCUUGUGGAGCAAGGCCGCGCGCCAGACAGCAUCAAGUUCAUCGCCGGCAUCCUCGUCGUUGUGGACGAGACGGACGAGAAAGCCCAAGCCAAGUACGAGGAGUACCUAGCGCAGUCAGACCUGGAAGGCGUGGCGACGCUCUUCGGCGGCUGGACGAACAACGACCUGUCCAAAUUCACAGACGACGAGGACUUUGCCUUUGCCGCGGUGGGCGGGAUCCAGUCCAUGAUCUCGAGCUGGUCGAAGACGGUGCCGAACUCCAACGGACUGAAAUGGACGAAGCGCCGCGUUCUCCAGGAACUGGCCCUGGGUGGCGCGCAUCCCCGGGCGAUUGGCUCGCCCACCACCGUUGCGGAUAUCCUGCAGCGGUGGGUUGAUGUUGCCGGCGUGGAUGGAUUUAAUUUCUCGUACACCGUUUCCCCGGGCACUUUCGAGGAUAUGAUUGAGUAUCUGUUCCCGGAGUUGCGGCGGAGAGGCGUCAUCUGGGAUGAGUAUGCUGUGCCUGGGGGCUCCGCGAGAGAGAACUAUUUCCAAGAUGGGGAGGGGGCACGGCUCCGUCAGGGGCAUCCUGGGAAGCAGUAUGCAUGGACCGGCGAGAGCUCGCAGUGA